UUCGCUUAACCUUUAUUAAUUUCCGAGCCCCACAUUAUUAUUCCUGUCAACUUCAAUACCUGAUUACCAUUCCCCGUCAUGCCCACCUCCGCCUGUUCCAACUCUCGUCUACUUUCACACACCUAGACCAGUUCCUGCCACUAAUUACCCACUAUCUCCACAUUCGCGGAAUUAUCAAAUCCACUCCAGUCCGUGAGCUCAUCCGCGCUUUCGAGUGUGCGUACCAUAUGGGCCCUUGGGACCCCACGCCGCCUCUAUUGCCUCUAAUUGAUCAAUUAAGCGAUUAGUGUGCUCGACGGACUCCACUAGAGACCAUAUUACUAUUGUUUAUCCCACCAUCAUCCCACAAUUCUCUCUUCCGUUCCGACCAAACGCCGCUUUGACCCCGUCCUUACGGCCAGUUUUACUACCUACGUUGACCAGCAUGUUAUGACGCCGAUACCUGCGCUUGGAACCCCGUUUUAGUCCGAGUUCUUUACUGGAGUGAAUGACAACGUGGUUUGUGUGAGAAGAAAGUGGAGUUGUUGAAAUGGGACAAGAACAGAAUAAGGGUUUUAACGGAAAAUUGAUUUUCGCCAUCAUCGCAUCAGCGUUGGGGUCGUCAUUCCAGCACGGGUACAACACAGGAGUGACCAACAACCCGGAAAAGGUCCUGCUAUCAUGGAUUUCCGAAGUCAUGGGCAACCGCACCGGGAUAGUCCCCGAGGAGGGUUCAGUGACCAUCGUGUACGCCCUCGCCGUCUCCAUCUUCUGCGUCGGCGGCAUGAUCGGCGGCGUCUCCACCGGCUUCAUCGCUAAUCGCUUCGGCCGCAAAGGCGGCUUGCUCCUCAACAACAUCUUGGUCUUCAUAGCGGCUAUUUUCUUCGGGUCUGCGAAAGCAGCGGCUUCGCAUGAGCUCUUCAUCCUGGCUAGACUCAUCAUCGGGGUCAACUCGGGUCUGAACGCCGGACUGGCACCCAUGUACCUCGCCGAGAUUUCACCCAUCAACCUGCGCGGUGCCGUGGGUAGCGUGUACCAACUAGUCAUCACCAUCUCCAUCCUAGUCGCGCAAGCUUUGGGCUUGAAGUACGCGCUGGGUACCCCUGAGCACUGGCCCGUGUUGUUCGCUCUAACCGCAGUACCGGCGAUUUUCCAAAUCCUGACACUACCCUUCUGUCCCGAAUCGCCUAAGUACCUUCUAUCGUCUAAAGGCAAUGAAAUGGAAGCGCAAAAAGCGCUAGGCUGGUUGAGAGGGACUUUACAGGUGCACGAGGAGCUAGAGCAGAUGAAAGCAGAGAACGACGCGGUGAAGUUGUUGCCCAAAGUAACAGUAAGAGAGUUAUUGACGAACCGGGUACUACGAAUCCCCCUCAUCAUUUGCUUGUUCGUCAUGGUAGCCCAACAACUAAGCGGCAUUAACGCUGUCAUCUUCUUCUCCACGUCCAUUUUCCAACAAUCAGGUCUCAAGGAUGACAGCGCAACCUUCGCCACGAUGGGUAUGGGUGCUAUUAACGUCCUCAUGACCAUCGUGUCGUUAGUUCUAGUGGAAAAAGCCGGGCGGAAGACGCUUCUUCUUCUGGGUUUCGGCGGCAUGGCCAUCGACACGCUUCUACUAACAAUUGCCAUGAACUUCACUUCAAUCGAACCCAACUUGAGUUACCUCUGCAUCGUCCUCGUCUUCAUCUACAUCAUCAUGUUCGCCUCCGGGCCUGGGUCCAUCCCGUGGUUCCUGGUGGCCGAGCUUUUCAACCAAUCGGCGCGACCCACGGCUGCAUCCUUGGCCGUUUGUACCAACUGGACGGCGAACUUCCUCGUGGGUUUGGCGUUCCUGCCCAUUAUAAAAGCGAUCGGGCCGUACGUCUUUAUCAUCUUCGUGGCGCUUAACGCCUUGUUCUUCCUCUUCAUCUACAAGAAGGUCCCCGAGACCAAGAAUAAAACGAUUGAAGAGAUUUCGGCGCUGUUUAGGCAACAGUCGUAUCAGUAGGUACAGUAUUGGGCGAUGUUUACUCGAAUUGUGUAAAUACUGACUGAUAGUUGCAGUAGAGUAGGGCGAGGAUUAUUUUUGAAUACAUUCACAUUUGUAGUAAAUAUUUAUUGUAGCAGAUCUUCAAAUGAAUAGUAUUUUUGUGUAGUUAGAGGGAUCUGUGCCGAAGCUCUCUGAUAGACUGUAGGUUUAAUUUAUUUAUUUAUUUAGGUAGGUUGAGAUAGUUCGUGACUAAUUACGCAAUUGUACUAUUCGGACUGAGUUAAUAUAAAUACGUGUGACAAAAUAAGCAACAUAAGUGUUCGAUGUGCAUCAGGUUCUAACAGACAAAUUUUGUACAAUUUAUUUAAGCAAUUUACGACCCUGACCGAACUAGUUAAAUUCAAUAAUGAUAUUGCAAAUAAAUGCGUGUAAGUUUAGUGAUUAGCUGUAUUUUAUUAUCUGUUUAUACAUUUAAUUCAGGUGAAUAAAUUUUAAGUUUUU